CACGGGUGCGCCGAGCGCGUGUCGGGUUCGGGUGGAACGGUGUCAGACCCACCCUGUUCGCGGAAAGAAGGAAGAGGUCGAAGCCGCCGCGAUCAAGAAGAGCCCCAGUCGAAGGUUUUGGACAGCGGCGGUGUCGCUCCCGACCGCAACAAAUCCGUCGCCUUUUGCUCUCUUCCACCGCCUUUCUCUUGAUUCCGUUAGUCUUCUCUUUUCAUUUCGUAUAGGGUUUAUGUGUGUCCUCUUUUUUCUUUAAGUGGAGAAGGAGGAAUUCUUUCCUCCGAAUCCAGUCCUCGUUUGAUGUUCUCAAUUUUCUUGGUAUCAUGGGUUCUUUCUUUUUCGCCUUCAUGAUGAUGCUUCUUGAAAAAGAUGCAUAGUUUAUGGCUUCUUGAUUGAUGUCUGUUAGCUUGUGCCUUAUCUUUUCCAUGUCCUUUGCCACUUAAAAAUUUGAUUCCCAAUAUUUUUCGUCUGAGUAUUUCCAAUUAUUGUGGUUCUGAACUGUUUCCCUAAUCUCAUCGAACAAUAUAAAGAUCCUUCAACUGUUUUGAUUUCGGUAAUUUGUGUCAGCAUUAUCAGCCAAAUGAAACUUAUAUUUAACUUUGAUUUCGUUGCUUGCUUUGACCUAUGUUUAGGUUUGGUAGAGAAAAUGCUAAUUCAUCUACUUUGUUUCAUUUUGGAAUUAGUAGUCAAAGAGGCAAAAUGAGAAUUUGGAAUUCUGAGUGCUCAAUGCUUUCUUUUUUGUUGGCAGAAUUGCACUAUAGGAGCUUUCAAUGGAACUUCUUUUACAUAUUAUUUCUUCAAAUAAAAUUAGAUAUACACACUUGGCUAUUAUUAUGUGUUUUCUUGAAUAGAUGGUGAGAUAUCGCAAUCUAUUCUCUUCGUAAAUUGGUUUGGCCCAUACUAAUUGUUUUUGAGAAAAAUUGCGUGUGCCAUUGCUUAAUUUCAUUGAUGUCCGAUCUGUGCUUGAAGAUACAGAUACUUAUCAAGCUUUUGUAUACUUGGAUGUUUUCUUGCGCUGGUGGAACGAAGUAUGGGAGACUGCAUUUGCCUCUUUGGGUUAAUUUCCAUCAAAUUCAAGUGUGCAUAUUUGUCCACUAUUAAUUCUUGGUGGAAGUUUGGAGAUCCAUCACGAGUUGAUUUUCCUACAUGUCAGUAAUGUGGUCCAGGCUCCAGACUCCAGAAUUUGAAACUUUUUGGAAAAAAAAAAAAGCUUUCCUCCGCUAAUCUGUGCCACCAAGGUCAUCAGCAUACUUAAUUUUCAGCAAUGAUGAUUGCUGAAUACUCAAUGGUGGCAUUUGACUGUAGAUUUUGACAAUUUUGUCGAGCAAUCGAAGCUGUCUCACUACUCAUUUGCCCCACAACAAAAUUGUGCUGCAUUUUUUUUUUGUUAUAACCUGAAAGAGUAAUCUAUAUUUUUAUUUUAUGCUUGUGAAAAAUUAUAGUUGUUCCUUGUGUUUGGUGAUGUGUUUUGUGUAUUCCUUCAUAGAAGACACUAUACAGCAAAAAGUGGGAGAUAUCUGCUGGUAGCUGUCUACUUUUUAGCAAAUAAACAUUCAUGACUGCAUGUUUUAUAUUAUAGUGAAUUUGAAGUUAUAUCGACUAGUCUAUGUUACAUGGCGAAAAGUUAUUUUGGGGUAGGCAUGGAAAUUACAUAGAUUACAACUGUACAAAAUAAUUUCUCAAGCGAAAGCAUUGAAGGUUCAAUAUCUUGAGUCUAUUCACAAAUAUAAAUAUAUAUUUAUAUUUGUAAAUAGACUCUAUAUAUAUAUAUAUAUAUAUAUAUAUAAUAUGUGCGUGUGUGCGCACGCACGCUUGGGAAAAAGGUAAGUGACAAAGGUAAAGAUUUGAGCCCAAGAUUGUACGAUAAACCGUCAAGGUUUUACCAGCUAAGUUGACUGGCACCUUUGAGUGAGGAUAAGGUAAAAUUCUUAUCUAAUGAUAUUGACGGUGAAGUAUUCACAAAGAUGUCGAGUGAAAAAUACGUCUCGUGCAUUUGUAUGAUUCUCAUCAUUACAUCUUUAAAUUUUGGUGUUUGGCGGUGAAUUGGGUAUUUUUUGCAAUUAGCUUCCCCGGUGAAACUGAUGCAUGCCUUGCGCACUCAAUUGUCUGAAUGAGAAUGUGAAGCUAAGGGCUGUGUUAUUAGGCAAUAGGCUUGAAUCCUCAGGGGCUAAGAUUGUUGUGCUUUCAGCAGUUUAUUGUUUUUAGUAUGUUUAAUUCAUUUAAAACUGUAUACUAAUUUACCAAUUUGUCAAAGUAUGUCUUAUAUUAUGUUUUUUUAUCGGAUCUCCGCUUUUAGUCGUAUGAGGUAUUGUAAUUUACUUGAGAGUAGCUGAAUUUGUAUUUUGCUAAUAGCUAUGACUGGAACAAUGGUAGACUAAGUUGUGGGAUUGGUGAUUUGAUUAUAAAAACUAGUUUGGCAUUUUAGAUGUGCACUUUUGGCAAUGUCAUGCAACAAUUUCUUCGAUGCAACUAUUUACAAAUGUGCACUUGUGUAUAAGUUAAUGCAUGUGCUUGUGAAGGUAAGAUGGCUCAGUUGCAUGUAGUGCUUAGUCGAUAGAACCCCUCUGCAGGUGAUCAGUGUGGAACAUGGUUUUUUAUUCUUUUAAAGAAAGUGGUAGACGCCCGUGCAAAUGCACACAGAUAGCCUCAGCCUUCACUAAACGAACUAGGUGGCUGCCUAUGUAUGGAAGUCUUUGGCCCUGUAUUGGUUUAGGCAAGAUGUAGUAGAGUGUUGUUGUCGCUAAUAAUAGUCAACAGCCUUAUUUACCCAAAGGUUAAGGGUUUGGCAGCCAUAUUAGUCACCAAGAAGCUAUGGAAGGGCAACUCUCCUUUGUUGCAUGACCUUCCAAGCCAUAUGGAUAGUACCAUUCGAGGCCCAGAUGGAUUGGUUAGAUCCAGAAACAAGAGAGGAAUCUGCAACUCUGUGUGGGAUGAUCUUUAGUUAUAGCAUCAUGGUUAUUUAAUUAGGAGAAUAUUUCUAGACCAUAUUGAUGCUAAUCUUAUGGCAAUUAGUGUCCCUACAGAUGUAUAAUAUUUUAAGCUCUGCUCUAGAAGCAUGUUUCCAUUGAGAUAUGAAUAUCUUAAAAUAUCGUAAAAUGUCUUUUUCCGAUACCUGUAGGACUCCUGACAGAGAUGGAAUUCCUUCUACAAUAGGCCAGUUGCUAUUACUAUCAAGAUUAAUUUUAGAUGGUUGAACCCGAAUCCAUAUCGUAAAAUGUCUUGCUAAAAAUCUGCAAAUAUUGUGUUCCAACUUGGUUGAAUUUGCAGAUUGCAUUAUGCUAUGUCAUAGUAAAUUUUUGGUAUGAUUGUUUCCAGUGAUAUAGAAAACUUAAGAUAAUCUUCAUUGCCGACGCUUUUCCUUUAGAUCCCUGAUUAUUUAACUGAUUAUUUGGGUUGGAUUUGUGGUUUGGUGAACUCAUGUCUGCUCCUUUGCCAUCUAGGUUUUGAUCGAUUAAUUUUAUAUCUUUCAGGAAAUUAUGUAUCGACAAUCUACUUUAUAUUAUGAUUUUUAUUGUGGGUGAUCGAGCUAAAUAUCUUUGAUAUCUUGUAACUAUUUCAGAUCCAGUCUCUCUGCUCCAAUGACAACUACGAUGUGACAAAAUUCAAGUGUGAAAGGAGCAGUUCGUUUCCUGCCUGAGUAAUGUACUCACUUUCCCCUUCAAAUUUAGCUCUUAUCAUGCCAUGUUCAUUUUUGUUUCAUGGUAAGGUGAUGGUGACAAGAGUAAGAGGUUAAUUUUUUUCACCUUUCCAAACUUCAAGAACAUUUGGAAUGUUGUCUUUGGAGGCCUCAUUCCAAGGGAGGGUCGGUUUGUAAGUCUCGGAGAAAAUGUUGAUUCUGGGGAGGACAUUUAGACAGUUCAGUUGCGUUGCGAGAGUUGUAGAGCUUAAAUGCCAAAGGUGCAGAUGUGCUUUCCAUGUCUGCCUUGUUUGGGUGACACUGGCAUAUGUGCUUUUGCUUCGCCCUUCGGAGGAUACGGCGGCGGUGAGGGUAUCAGUUCUUUCCGUGCAUCUCAUGGUUUUCUCCACCUGUGUUGGUCUGUUUUCGGGUACGCUACACGUGAAGCUUUGUGCAAGUGUGGGGCCCGGGCGGGACCCGUCGAGUGUCGCUGGGGCAGCUUAUCAUGAGGCGGUGUAAUCGGGGUGCGGAAAAUUUUGGCUUCGGAUGAUGCGGGACCCACUGUUGCCUCCAGUCACGCGGCAGGUACGCGUUGCGGCGGAAGAAAUUUCAGGUAAAUGACGCAAAAGCGCUUGGGGGAGCUGACGUGUAUAAAAUGCAAGCUAGAAUUCUCGAAGCGAGACGGAGGGAGGCGGUUACUUUCUUGCUUCGGUCUCUCCGCUAUUUCGUUCUCCUCCUCUUUCUUUGUUUCGAUCUCCCUCCGAGGUCGCCAAUGGCCGCCUCUCUCCAAGGCUUGGUUCCCCUCCGACGCCCUGACCCUGAUAUUUAUGGCAUCCGACCGGGCGCCGACUCCUUCCCGGUGGUCGUCGCCCCCUGCUUCCUGGGUCCGGCCCAUUCCCCGCUCUCGAAGAGGCGGUUGGGAGCUCGCCUCGUGUCCGUGGAUCGGCGGUCGAUGAAAAUCAUUCCUCUCGCGGCUUCUCGCGAGGAACAGAAUCGUUCAGAUAUUGAAUUGGAGAAAGGAGCUGGGGCAUCACAAGAAGCAUGGAAGAAGGCACUACAACGAUUCAUGACUGAAGCCCUGAAAGUCAUGGCCGUAUCGGAAAGAGCAUAUGGGAUUUACUCAAAGAAAGCAAUAGAAAUAUUGAUGGAUACAUUUGAGAAGCUCAAGAUCCAAGCUGAUAAAGCACGGGAUGAUUUGAGAAUAAUAGCCAAAGAAUUUUCAAAAGAAGGAAAAGAAUAUUUUUCAGCAGCAGCGAAGAAUUCUCCUGACUCAUUGAGAGACAUUUUGGAAAUUUAUGCAUCAGCAAGUGACUUGAAGAACACGGCUGCCAUUAGAGAUUUUUACCUUGGAAUUCCAUAUGGUUCCUUUCUUGCCGUUGGUGGUUUCAUUUAUUUCAUGCUAACCGGAAGCAUUCCUGCCAUUCGUUUUGGUGUUAUACUUGGCACUGCAAUUUUGGCUCUGAGCGUGUCAAGCUUGAGGUCACGGAAGAAUGGGAAAGCAACCUCACUUCUUUUGAUAGGGCAAACUGCAAUUUCCAGUAUUAUAUUCUGCAGGCAGUGGUUGUUGUGUUCUGAGAGGGGUUCAUUUUCAAGCCUUUUGACAGUUCUUAUCAGUGGUGCAAUGGUAGGUUUCUAUGCCUAUAGGUUCGUGAUUGAUCAUCGUGAGGGUCCCAAGCGUGGAACAGAGUUCAGAGAGUUGGUGAUUGGUGAAGGUGACCAAUAUUAAUCUCUUCCUUCGCCUGCUCUUCCGUCAACCUGAUUCGGAAGGAGUAAUUCGCAUUGCUCUUUUUUUCACUAUAUUCUGUAAUUGUGUAGGGGCUCGUAUAUGUUCCAUCUGUCAUCAUUUUGUACUUCUUUUCUUUUCAUCCUUUAAAAAAAAAAAGGUGUCUUUAUAAAAAAUAAAUUUACUGAAAAAACAAUGUUUGAAAAAAUUAUAAAUGUUUUGAUAAAUGAAGAAUAAAAAAAUCAUGGUAUUCCCAC